CAGGAUGAAACCCGAUUUGAACGUUAUACCCAUAGCACACACAGAGGAAAUAGUAUUCGGACACUUGGUCGGAGAAGUUCGGACGGCUGUGAAAGUGGCCAAUGAGAUGCUUCGUAAGAAACUCGUCGAUGACAAGACCGGAAACAAAACGGACACUGAUUGGCAUUUUAAUGAACUUCUCAAACCGGAAAUAAAAACAAACGAUAGCUAUCGGUAUCUACCAGGUGGACAUUGGAAACCAAUCAACUGCUCACCAAAAUGGAAGGUUGCAAUUUUGAUCCCCUUCCGGGAUCGCUUCUUUCAUCUUCCGAUCCUUUUGCGAUACCUAAUUCCGAUGCUUAAGAAGCAACUAUUGCAGUUCAGUUUCUUUGUUAUUGAACAGGCCAAUAAAAACCUAUUCAACCGAGCCAUGCUCAUGAACGUUGGAUUCCUCGAAUCUCUCAAAAUUUUCGAUUACGAUUGUUUCGUCAUUCAUGACGUGGAUCACGUGCCUUUAGAUGAUCGUAAUUAUUACGGCUGUACUGACAUGCCCAGGCAUUUUAUGUCAGGUGUUGAUAAAUGGAAAUACAAAUUAUUAUACAAGAAUUUCUUUGGAGCUGUCACGGGUCUAACCAAAGAAAACAUUCGAAGCAUCAAUGGGUUCCCCAAUGUCUACUGGGGAUGGGGCGGUGAGGAUGAUGACAUAUGGAAGAGGGUUAAAGACGUUGGCCUAAAUAUUACUCGUUAUGAAGGACCCGUCUACCAUUAUGACGUCAUCAGGCAUCAUCACAAAAGUGCACCAUUGGCAAAAGACAGAUUUGAACUGCUCCGUAGAUCACAUGACCGACUGAAAAAGGAUGGGUUAUCGAAUAUCGUCUAUCCGAUCCCCGUGUACGAACUUCAUACACUCUACACGAACAUAAGCGUCGAUAUCAAUAGGAUCAAAAUCUAAAUGAAUGAUAUUACUUCCUUUCAAAUCCCAGCAUGGUCAUAGUGCCUAGCUGCAUGUAUAACACAGUUAAGAUAUCCCAAAGGGAAACACUGAACAUUGACUUUCGUCCAUUGCCAACUACUGAGGUUGCCUACAAUUGUUUCUGGGUGAAGUUUUUGAUCGGUUUUGUGCUAAAGACGACAACAUGACUCCCAAAUGGCGAUCUUGUGGGAUGCAAAAAAAGAAGUUUACACACCCCAAUAUAUCACACUUACCAUCGGUAGGAAUUGACAAGGUUAAGAGUUUCGAAGUCAAAGUAAGUUAGCAGAAGGUGAAUUUGUCGACCGUGGGCUUAAAGCCGAACAUUAACUUUACCUGCAUAGGAUCUGGCAGCACAGCACAUACAAUUACCUAUGAUGAAACAACUUUGUAACACUGUUAGAAUUCUUCCACUUCACUUUAAGGCGUAGUGGUCACCUGAUAUUUUCAUUACGUCAACGUAAGAUCGACUUGUAAUCAGUAUCUUUCAUCAUUUGGACACGAUAUGCUAUCUUGCCAAGUAGACUAUCCCGAAUUCAUUCAGUCAGUAUAUGAGUUACGAGAAAUGACAACCUUUCUAAAUUUUGCAUUAGUACUUUAAAUGGUCGAUCGACCCAUCACUUAAAUUGUAGGAUUCAGCUUUAGGCAAUUAAGAUAUAACAUUUUGAAAAGGUCAUCACUCCACGGACCUUUCAAUCGAUGAUUUAACAUUUGAAUUGAAUUGAAUUUAUUUUCAUACUUCACAAGAUAGCAAAUAACAACAUAAUACAAGAAAUACAUUUGAUUACAUACAAAAUACAAAAGAUAAUGGCAGUAAAUAAAGUGAAAUAUGAAGGAACCUGCAUAAAAAGAAGAGCUUGUAAUGUCUGCAGGUUUCUUAAAGUAAUUAUGAAAUUAGUAAUCAAGGAGAUCGGACACUAAAAAAAAUCAGACUACAAAGGCAAAGCCAAAUAUUAUAUUAAAGAAUGAGAGGGAAAGUGGACAAAUGUUUCAUUAUAAAUCCUUUCGAUAGAAACUAAUACAUUGGCAUGACACGAGUCAAUGUUUGCGCGAAGUACUUAAAGGGGGAUGAAACCUUUGGAACAAGUAUAGGCUUUUGUCGAAACAGCAAAAUCAAAGAAUAAGAACAAAGAAAGUUUGAGAAAAAUCGGACAAAUAAUGAGAAAGUUAUGAGCAUUUGAAUAUUGUAAUCACUAAUGCUAUGGAGAUACUCCCAUUGGCAAUGCGACAAGGAUGUGUGAUGUCACAUGUGAACAAUUGGGGGUAUCUGUUGAAUUACCAUCAUAACUUUGAAAAUCUGAUUCAUGAAACCUGGACAUAAUAGUAACCAGGUAUCACUGAACAUCCUGUGCGCAUUUCAGGUCACAUGAUCAAGGUCAAAGGUCAAUGAACUUUGGCCGAAUGGGGGUAUCUGUUGAAUUACCAUCAUAACUUUGAAAGUUUAUGGAUCUGAUUCAUGAAACUUGGACAUAAGAGUAAUCAAGUAUCACCGAACAUCCUGUGCGAGUUUCAGGUCACAUGAUCAAGUUCAAAGGUCAUGUAAGGUCAAUUAACUUUGGCCAUGUUGGGGGUAUUUGUUGAAUUACCAUCAUAUCUCUGUAAGUGUAUUGGUCUAGUUCAUAAAACGUGGACAUAAGAGCAACUAAGUAUCACUGAACAUCUUGUGAGUUAUAGUAGUUUUCAAAGUCAGCACUGCUGCUAUAUUGAAUCGCGUGCUGCAGGUGAGACCGCCAGAGGCAUUCCACUUGUUUAAAGUUGGCUCCCAUGUGACAAUUAAUGAUUGUUGUUUCAUUUUGGAGGAACAUUUUUUUCUAAUUAUUUCUUUUGGAGAAUGUUUGAAGUGCUUCCCACAAUGGCAUCAAACUUUCUGAUGAAAAAUGUGGUUCUUUUGAUAAUCUGAUUUGAUCUGUAGUUAAGACCAAUACCAGGUUAUAGUCAUAGCCGAAAUCCAAAGCACUUGAUCAAACCAUCAUUGUAAGAUCAGUCGUACAGGAAUUACCUAUCAAUCUGGAAAGAUCAAAUACAGGUGCAACCUCCAGCUAAAGUGCAUUACAGGACAAAAAAUAGUAUCCCUGUUCACAAUAAUUAUUAAUGAUGUCGGUGUUGGUAUGUUAACAAAUUCCAAUUGAAUUUGGGGAGGGGGGGGGGUCAACAAAAUGUUAUUAAAAAAAUGAUGUUUAAGCCAUGCAUACAUGUAGGUCUUGUUUUUAUGAUGAAUCGCAUUACUGGUAGGAUCAUGCAGAGGGAAAUUAAACAAUAUUGUAUAAGAUAUUGCAUGUGUAUUGACAAAGAUGUAUGACCAUGAUGACUCCAAGUUUAAGCUGGUCUAUGUCAGAGUUUAAGCCAUCAUUUCUCAAUACACGCUCGAUCUUUCCUGGCUGUAGUAGGUCCAUGCUUGGAGGAAAUUUGUAUAAUCUAUUUAUCAUCAGAAAUGAGUUUAACGUUUCCACUGAAAUAAGACAGUUGCUGCCAUUCGUUACCUGCUCACUGUGUGGAGCUAACCACAGGAAGAAUGGCCACAGGUGGAUGCCAAACAAGACCCACUUGCUGUCCUGUAAAGUGAAAUGAGGACACCAUCUCGCUUUUUUGAAGUUUCAAUGUUAAAGUCACAGCCAAAUGAUGGAACUGGAGCCAAAGAUGUGUAAAUCAUUGGCAUUACUUCUCAUUUUGAAUUUAUUUAGGCCAUUGUGAAAUAUGGAUUAGGAAAUUAAGGGAGUGCUUUAUAAUGAUAUUGUUGAAUGAUUUGUGUUAGAAGUGGGAAUUAUUCAGAUUUCUACUGAUGAUAGAAUGCAUUUACCUUCCCACAGGUUGAUAAAAAAUAUGAAAGUGAGGCAAGGUUAUCUGCCUUGGGUUGUACCUUUGUUUUUCUUUAUAAUAUCCAUCAAUGUUCUUUUGUACAUCUGUAUUCCCUCUUCCCUCCUGCAUUGGUUUUCCCUCCUGCUCCUGCUCUUACAUUUCUCCUCUUAUUCCUCCUCAUAUUAUUUCUCCUCCCGCUCUUUCUCCUUCUGUUCAUGUACCAGCUCCUUUCAUCGUACCCCUGUACUCCCCUACUCACAAGCUUUUCAUACUGCAUUCAAAUUUGGCCAAAAACGUCACAGAAAUAACUCGUAAAACUCGGUAUUGGAUUUGCACAAAAAGAGUGACAUUUUUAUUUAAGUGGGCUUUAAUUUUGAGUACUCUCUUUGAAGUUAGGCCAUAGCUGCGUGGACCUAAAACUCCUAUUUCCCAUCUCAAACAUUGGGCCGGCCAAAGGCCUUUCACAUCAAGAUUUACAGUUACUGGUCAAAAUGUCCUUGAUGUGGAAAGGGGUAUUUAUUCUGUUAUCCUUCCCACAGCUUUAUCUAUGAAUCUCUAACUUUUUUUCUUGUCUUCUUUUCCUUAUAUCCUCACCACACCCUGUAUUCCCCCCUCUCCCUUGAUCCUAUGAAAUAAGUUUCUCACUCUUUCAAAAUAAUCAAAGGUUAAAAUAUUGUUUGUUACAUUCCAUCGCUCAGUAUGAUGAGUCUGAUAAUUUUUCUCUCUCUUUCACGUUCUCUUUAACUUCUUUUGCUUCAAAGAGUACACAUAAUUUUCCCUGCUGUGUGUAUUCUAAACCUCAGUUUAGAGUACCACUGAUACUUGAAUAGGAAUUUUAGUUUACAAAGCCAGCAAAUUUCACAACUUUCAUGGCCCUUUUCGGCUACACCUCCCACUUGUCACCCAAUUCCAAUACUUCUUCCAUCGAAUUAGUUCCCUUCACAUGGCAGAGCAAGUCUUGAAAAACAUCUAUAUGGGCAGUCAUUAAGUCGUAAGUAAUGAUAUUUGAAAACAAUGAACCCAUCACCC